AUGGGAGCUAGUCGGAAGCUACAGGGAGAGAUUGAUCGUGUUCUAAAGAAGGUUCAAGAGGGUGUCGAUGUAUUUGAUAGCAUUUGGAACAAGGUUUAUGAUACGGACAAUGCGAACCAGAAGGAAAAGUUCGAGGCGGACUUGAAGAAAGAGAUAAAGAAGUUGCAGAGGUACAGAGACCAGAUCAAGACGUGGAUACAGUCCAGCGAGAUCAAGGAUAAGAAGGCUCUGACGGACGCUCGAAAGCAAAUUGAGCGCGAAAUGGAGCGCUUUAAGAUAUGUGAAAAAGAAACAAAGACCAAAGCAUUCUCCAAAGAAGGCCUUGGCCAACAACCUAAAACGGAUCCAAAGGAAAAAGCUAAAUCAGAGACGAGAGAUUGGUUAAAUAAUGUGGUUAGCGAGCUGGAAAAUCAAAUAGAUAGCUUUGAAGCUGAAAUAGAGGGACUUUCUGUUAAAAAAGGGAAGACAAGGCCUCCCAGACUGACGCAUCUAGAGACAUCCAUUGCUCGGCAUAAGGCUCAUAUUAUGAAGUUAGAAUUAAUUCUAAGGCUGUUGGAUAAUGAUGAAUUGAGUCCAGAGCAAGUAAAUGAUGUGAAGGAUUUCUUGGAUGACUAUGUGGAAAGAAAUCAGGAGGAUUUUGACGAAUUUAAUGACGUUGAUGAGCUCUACAGUUCUUUACCUCUAGACAAGGUGGAGUCACUUGAAGAUCUAGUUACUAUUGUCCCUCCUGGUCUUGUUAAGGGUGUCAGUGCCUCCACUGCUCUAAGUAUGAAACCAUCUUUAACUGCUGUACCUACCCAAGCUCCAGCAGCUACAUCAGCUUCCAUCCAGCAAGUUACUUCCACUCACGAUCAUGUAGAAGAAACAACUCUCCAGGAUGAUGCUGUUGCAAGAACUCCGCCUCCUAAAAGUAGUCCUCGUAGUUCCCCUGCACCACAAACACCAGCAGCAGGGCAUGCAACUCCUGCCAUUACAAGUGCUGCCAGUGUUUCAUCUCCGGUGGCUAUACCAGGUGCUGCAAAGGAAGAGGAAAUUACUAACAUCCCUGGGCAUAAACCGUCACCAGCUCUUGCUGAAACUGGAUUAAAGGUUAUUGGUAGAGGCGGCUUACCUAGUCAAUUGACAUCUAAUGUCCCUGCAACCUCUGGAAACGCAAGUUCCAGUAAUGGAGCUUUUGGUACUAUGUCUUUGACUUCUGAGGUGGGGAAGAAAAAUAUUAUGGGGCCUGAUGACCGGAAUAGUGGUAUGGCCCCGUCUCUAGUGUCCCCUAUAAGUACUAGAGUAAUCCUGCCACAAUCGGCCAAGGCUAAUGAUGGACUUGGAUUGGCUGAUACGGGAAAUGUUGGCGAUGCUGCAACUCUGGGCAGCAGAGUUUUCACUUCUGCGGUUCCGGGUAUUCAAUGGAGACCUGGAAGUUCAUUCCAAAACCAGAAUGAGACUGCACAGUUCCGUGGAAGAACUGAGAUUGCUCCUGAUCAAAGGGAGAAGUUUCUACAACGAUUUCAGCAGGUACAGCAGCAAGGCCAGACUAAUCUUCUUGGUAUGCCUCCUCUUGCUGCUGCUGGAGGGAAGCAGUUCUCUGCCCAGCCGCAGAACCUACUCCUACAGCAGUUCAAUGCUCAAAGCUCGUCUCUCACUCCUCAACUUGGGUUGGGCAUUGGACUUCAAGCUUCAGGUCUUAACAGUGCUGCAACACCUGCUUCACUGCAGCCACAGACAAGUGCACACCAACCAUCCAAUCAGCAGCCAAUCAUAUCGUCAACAUCUAAGGAUGCGGAAACUGGGCUCACAAAAGUUGAGGAAGGAUAUCAGCCUCUCAUUGAAGAUGCAUCCUCAGAUUCUGGUUCUAACAUUGGGCCCGGUAAAAACCUCGUGAAAGAAGAUGAAUUGAAAACUUCUUAUCCUUUAGAUACUGCGGCUGCUGUUGCUGAUGGUACGGUUGCUGAAUCUUCACAAGUGAUUCGGGAAAUAGACCUAUCCCCGGGACAACCUUUGCAGCCGACUUCAUCUGCUGGAAGUCUUGGCGUUAUUGGUCGUCGAAGUGUAUCUGACCUUGGUGCUAUUGGAGAUAACAUCAGCGCUUCAACUGCUAAUUCGGGAGGAUUGCAUGAUCAGUUGUACAAUUUGCAGAUGCUCGAGGGUGCUUAUUAUAGACUUCCUCAACCUAAAGAUUCUGAAAGAGCAAAGAUCUAUACUCCAAGGCACCCAGCAGUCACCCCUCCAAGUUAUCCUCAAGUACAGGCACCUAUUGUCAAUAAUCCUGCCUUCUGGGAGCGGCUAGGUGCAGAUACUUAUGGCACGGACACACUGUUCUUUUCGUUUUAUUAUCAACAGAAUACUUACCAGCAAUAUUUGGCUGCUAAGGAAUUGAAAAAGCAGUCAUGGAGAUACCACAGAAAAUACAACACAUGGUUCCAACGCCAUGAGGAGCCAAAAGUUGCCACAGAUGAUUUUGAACAGGGGACUUACGUGUACUUUGAUUUUCACAUUGCCAACGAUGAACAACAUGGAUGGUGUCAGAGAAUUAAGACGGAGUUCACAUUUGAGUACAGUUAUCUUGAAGAUGAUUUAAUCAUAUGA